AUGCUGGUAAGCACACCUAGAGUCGCCGUGCGGUCGACUCGCGCAUUGAGGCUGCGACAGCCUAUGCCCGUCCGACCUCGUCAGCCGCGCAAUGCACGUUUUCAGUCCACAAACCCUGGCAAAGCUCCCCCUUCACCCUCGUCUCCAUCCACAAAUGAUGCUCUUAUCGGAGGUAUUGCGGGUGGCGCCACAGCUUUCCUCGCGGUGUACCUUUGGUAUUACUUCUCAGGAACCAAGUCUGUUGUCAAUAGUGUUCAUCAAGCUCGCUCUUAUGUCGACUCGGCCUUCAAAAAGACCACUGAGACUGUGCCAGAACCCAACGAAGCUGUCGAGUGGCUGAAGGAAACGGUCAAGACCUAUACCAAAAUGAUCCCUGGAGCUUCCAAGUAUGUUGACUCCGCAUUUGAUGAUCUUGACAAGAUCAGAGAAAAGCAUGGAGACGAGGUGGACCAGAUCAUCAAAGAGACAUACGACGAACUCAAAGGCGUCACGAACAAAGGCUUCAGCGUUGAGGCAGUGUCAACGGCUUGGGACGUGAUUCAGAAGUGCUUCUCGCGCAUUUCAGCUCUCGCUGUUGACGCUAGCCAGGACAUCCUCAAUAACCACCCCCAGCUGAAGGAGAAAUUCGGCGGCAGCUUCGAGCAAUUGAAACAGCUUGGAGACCAGUAUGGACCGGAGGCAAAGCAGAUGGUAGAUGAGACUUACAAUCAGAUCCGGGACAUUUUGAAAGGAGGAAUCGGCUUUGGCACUGUCGGUCAACUUCAAAAACUUCUGCAAGACAAAGUUCAACAGCUGAAGAAGUACGGCGAUCAAGCGUGGCAGAAGGGCAUAGAGCAAGCAAAGCCGAUCCUGGAUAAACAACCUCAGCUGAAAGAGCUUCUCGAGAAUAACAAAUCGACUUUAUUGCAGGGGAACAUUGGCGAACUGUGGCAAAAGCUACAAGAGGCUGCUAAGAACGGCAACACGGAAGAUGUCGAGAAAUUUGUCAAGGAACAAGCCAGCAACCUAUCGCAGAAGUCUGGUGGUAGUGGCAUCGAACAGUAUCUUCACAUGAUUCCCGGUGGCUCUGAGAUGGGAACCAAGCUGCAGCAGUUGCAAGAGCUAAGCCAAAAGCACGGAAAGGAAGCUGAGAAGCUGGUUAAGAGUGCAAUCGACGAUGUCACAAAGGUCUUGUCGCAAAAAGUCGAAGAGGGAAAAAAGCUGAAGGAAAAUGCGAAAGAAGACGCGAAAAACUGA